AACUAUCUUUUAGUCUGUUUUCCUUUCUCAGUAUUUCUCACUUUUAUUUUUAUAGCAAGUUAAAUGUAUCAUGCUGGCAGUGAUAGACAAUGUAUACCUGCAUUGUUGUUCAAUUCAGAGAUGUACUUGCAUUGUUUCUGUAUUUAGAGGGCUAAAUACAUGUUUUUUUGUGAGUAAUUACAUGAAAGUUUGGAUUGUUAAGUGUCUUUACAGAACUUUUAGAAUUUAUUCAAAAGUGUGUGUAGUCUACCAUAGUUAUUAAGUCAUAGCAGUUGGCUUAGUUGGAAGCCUCGAAAGCUGUGUUUCAGAGUAUUUUUUAUCAAGAUACUGUAUUUUUAAGAGAGCAUAGGAAACCAAUAGCAAACUGAAUGACGUGCACUGACUAACUAAUUCAGGUUAAUAGAUAGCUACUACAGAGGCAUCCUGCCCACAUUUCUCUCUUUCUGAGACUUGAAAACAUUACAAGAGUACUGUAUAAAUUACCAUUCAACAUUCCUAUAGUGAAAAGUUAGACAUUAUGUUAACCGAACAUGGCAAUAAGUGUUUAGUUAGCUUGCUCAACCCAGUUCCUGUCUGUCUGCUUGCCCCCUAAAACACUCAAAACAGAACACUUCUCUGGAGCAGCCAGGGAGAGGAGGGGGGGGAGGGGUGACGUUGACGUCACUCCGGUUUCCUGGAACCAGAUGGGGCCAGGCAAAUGAGAAUGCUAACUGUCGAGUGAGACUCACAUUGACGUCAGCUGGGAGUCAUACUGUGAUUCCAGACAGAACAGAGCCCUCUGUGGGAGCAAUGAUCACAGCUUCAGCGCUACCAGCUUAGUCAUCCACUCCGAUAACGACAGGAGAGAGAAGAAUUCAGCCUUGUUUAUCCCUUUAGAUCUGCAAGCUGUUACUUGCUCACUCUUGCGUUAAAACACAAGUGCAGUGGUGGCAUUUGGGCUAUUAGAAAUUCAUAAAUUAAAAAAAUAGUAAAAUGUUUUGUUGUGAAAAUAUAGUUGUUUUGAAUAAGUGUUUAUUCUUGCCAUAUAAGGAUGAUAGUUUUCUCCUGUAUUUACUUUGGAGUAUCAGAAAACGUCAGAGACAUUUAUCAACAUACUAGUGGUCAGAUCAGAACCACAUUCCAAGUACAAGAUUUGUUUGACCCAAAAAUGAAUGAAUCAAUAGUGAAUCAUCACCAAAUAAUGAAACGUAGGCUACAGCCAGUGCUACUGUCUUUUCUCUUUCACUUGGAUGGCAGUUAUCCACUCAGUAACCAGAAAGACGAUUGUCUUAACAUCAUCUGACAAAGACAUGUCAAGGAGGUAGUUGUAGUAAUCCACACCCCACCCCCGGACAGUAUACUACAACAUUCUAUAGAAAGUACUACACAUGAUCAAGGGAUAGUUUAGUGUGUAGUAUAGUAUUCUACUGUAUACUACAGAAUUCAUUAGUAAGUACUGUAGUAUUCUAUAGUAAACUGUAGUAUUUUUUCAUGUGGGUACUCAAACCUCACAAAGCUAGAUCUGUGCUUAGGCCUACUUCCCCUAAUUUGGCACCUGUGCUGGGAUCGUAAAUCUGUCUGUAGUAAAAUAACAUUUAAAUGAGGUUUGGUUUGCUUAAUUCACGGUCCGUUGGAAUCUGGGCUUGUCUGGUUGUUUUAACAGAAAAAACAUUAAACAAGUGGUCAGUUGUUGUUUUUUGUUAUUAAAUGGACCCAUCUACAUGAUUUGUGUUCAGCGUUUAUGUCUAAUUUAUGGUCGCUUAUCCUCUAAGUAGAUAGAAGAUGAGAAAUCUGUGUGAUUGAAGGGCUGGAGUAAAAAAAUACAGCACUUGGUUUUUGCCCCAGUGAGCUAAAUAUAGCUGCCACUGGAGAUAUGCCAGCAUACCAGCUCCGUUCGCCCACCUCGUCGGGCCUACCCCAGGGUCUGGUGAUGGCUGCGUCCCCAGGCUCCCUGUCCAUGCACAAUCCCCCGAUGCACACUGAGGAGGUAACACGCAAAAGGGAGGUCCGCCUCAUGAAGAACAGGGAGGCUGCAAGGGAGUGCCGCAAGAAAAAGAAAGAGUAUGUCAAGUGUCUGGAGAACCGUGUGGCCGUGCUGGAAAACCAAAACAAGACCCUCAUUGAGGAACUCAAAGCGCUAAAGGACAUUUACUGCCACAAGAAUGAGUAGCUGCCCUCAGCCUUGUGCCAGGAGAGAGAGAGAGAUCCUACUGAGAAAGAACAGGGUGGAGUUUACAGAUUGACUGCUGUAAAAAAAAGACUGGGACAAAAACUACUUUCACUGUCUUUGUUUCUCGUUUACUCCGCUUGUUUGGGCCCAGUCAAUUUGAUGCUGCACCGGAGGUUGUUAGGUGGCCAUAGGCUUGUGCUCUCCGGGCUGAAGUCAAGUCCUGCUCCGGACAGGACCCCUGUCUGUCCUCGCGCUUGUAUGUGAAUACACAAGUGACGCCCAGCCGCGUUUGCUUCUGCUGUUUGCAGGGAGGCAGCCAAUGAGAUGCCAGCCUGCAGAGGAAGAGGAAGUAGAUAUGCUUCCUGAAGGCACACCGCUCACCACCAUUGGCUCACCGCAUUGGAGAAGCUGAAGCUGCGGAAGAGCCUCACUAUCAGCCAGCAAGUUCACAUUAAGUGCAGACUCACCAGCAAGCCAACCUACCUUAGCCUGAGUGCCAGUCUGUUUGUGCUGUCAUGCCAAAUCCUUGUUACUUUUUUUUAUCACAUUUGGCUUGACAAUGAAAGCAUUUGAGUUGGCAAGAGUACAAACAGAUCUGGGACCAGGCUAAACCUAUAUAUCUUUGCUUGUCACUGCUAGCUACAGUUGUUCUCCUUAAAUUACUGUACUUCUCUGCUCACCUUGGCUGUUGUCAACAUACCUUUUGUUAAAUCAGAUGGACCUCUUCUUUCAGGACAGGACAGUGUGACACUUUCCGAUAUAAUUCGAGUUUUGAAAUUCUAUAUUUGUCCGUUUGAGUGUUAAUCGGGGUUGUCUAAUGACUUCACGUCUUACCUGAAUCAAUGUAUAAGACCCAGUGUCGAGGAUGUGAGUAUACGCCUUUCACUUGGUCUCUUUUCAAACAACACAGUUCAAUUUAAAAUGUAAAAUUAACAUGGCGUGGCCCUCGGAUGAGUGUAUAUUAAAUAAUUAUAUAUUUCUAGCCAUUGGAGGAAUCUUAUCUCACCAAGACCAUCUUGAAAUGACUACUGCUUUACCACACAAAAUUGCUACAUUUGAUGUUUACUGAAUCUCACCAGUCAUUGUCCCCUUUGUCUGUGUCUCGGAACAGUACUGUGCUCUGCCAGUGUACUGUACAAAAGAACCACGGAAAGUGCUGAUAAGCUGACGUUUGGGUAUUUUGAUACUUGUUAUAAACGUUUUAUAUGAAUUAGUUGAUCAUAACAGAUAUGAUAUGUCCCAAAUGGCCCACUAUUUUCUUUAUAGUGCACUACUUUUGACUACUUUUUUGUUCUAUGGGCCCAGGUCAAAAUUAGUGCACUAAAAAGGUAAUAGUGUGUCAGUUGGCAUGUAAAAAUAGAGUUCAUGACUGCUCUGUUUGAAAGGUAUGGCCAUGAGAGCACAGACCUGACUAUGAUGAUCAUGAUGCAGCUUCGUUUUCUUUCCUCACACCAGUUCUGCUUGCUUUCAAUUUCCUGAUAACCUUUCUGUUUAAAGGUAUAUGUCUUUUUGUAUGUUUGUUGUCAGGCCAGUGGUUUUAUAAUUCAGGUGAGAUGUAAAAUACAUUUGAUCUCAGUAAAAGUUUUGGUUAAAAUUGAAAAGUAUGUCAAACAGGUUAGCUCUUAAAACCAGACGUUCACCUCAUGUGUAUUGAUCCCUCUUAUGUUUGAAGAUUGUCAAAAUAUACUAUUUCUAAUAAAAUGUCCAUACCACA